UGCUGCGUUGCUAUAUAUUUGCGGAACAUUGGCACAUAGUUGAACGUGAUUUGCUCACUGGACAUUUUCUUGGAUAUACAGUUCAUACGUCCUAAUUGGCAGGGCAGUGUGAUCUCGUGCAUGACGGCUCCACCAAGCUGCUAGAGCGAAAUAACUUGACUACAGUCACAUAUAUCAGCAUUAACGGCUGCAUUCAACUCCCAUUAACCUUAAUUUACAUUCUUGCUUGAAUAUAAGUACAUAACGAAAUCAAUUCAGCAAUGAGAAACACGGCGAGUUCAUCACGCCCCAUUGCUGGUACACCAAGCCAACGCAGCGGUUCCGCUGGCCAUUCGCACUUUAGCAGCUCAUUUCGCUCGGGUUCGCCACUGGCACAAGAGUCAAUCGCUCGAGAUAUCGCGGCGAGCUCCGGUGAUGACGAUGCCGCGAGCAUAGACUCGUGCGGGGAUGGCGAGGGCUCCGACAACGAGUCUAAGGCCUCCACACUUCGCCCAACCCACCAGAUGUCAGGCUCUUAUAGGCGGCCUAGCUUCGUUGCUUUCGGGGGAGGAAACAGGCCCGCUAUAGCCCCACAGCAUCCGGAAAUUGAUCAUCCCAGCAAGAGAGAAAUUGCACAGGCAAGGAAGGAGGAAGAGAGCCUGCUGCGAGACAAUCAUCUCGCGCCUCCAAAGCAUCCACGGCCAAAGGAUGAAGCGUUGCCAUCCAGGAUAUAUCGUAGCAUAUUUAGUACGAAAGUACCAAGGGCCAGAGACGACGAAGAAGCCCCUGGGACACUGGCCCAUGGCUCCCCAGCCCAGCCAACUGAAACCUCUCCUUUGCUUUUAAAUGGUGCGCCCGAAUCGGCUAGGGAUAUCCAUGAGAGGACGAAUAGGUUAUGGGAGGAUGCAGUUCGCAAAGGAAAGAUUGAGACGACAUGGCAGCGAGAAGCAAAGACGCUGGCGCAAUAUUCAACCCCUCUGAUUAUUACAUUCCUCUUGCAGUACUCUUUGACGGUGGCAAGUAUCUUUACCGUUGGACGCAUUGGGAAGAUCGAGUUGGGAGCUGUUUCUCUAGCUUCCAUGUCAGCAAACAUCACCGGUUAUGCCAUUUUUCAGGGACUGGCAACCAGUUUGGACACGCUAUGUGCCCAGGCAUAUGGUUCUGGACGCAAGCACCUGGUUGGUCUUCAAUGCCAACGGAUGGUGCUAUUUCUAUGGUCUCUCUCCAUUCCAAUUGGGAUUUUUUGGCUUUUUUCAAACCGAAUUCUUGAAGUCAUAGUACCAGAGAAGGAAUCGGCAGACCUGGCCGGCCUAUACCUCCGCGUCAUAAUUUUCGGGCUCCCUGGGUAUGCGCUCUUCGAGAGCGGCAAGCGUUUCGUCCAGGCGCAGGGUCUUUUCAGCGCGACGACAUACGUCCUCCUCAUCGCAGCGCCAUUGAACGCCUUUAUGAACUGGCUCUUUGUCUGGCGCUUCGAAUGGGGCUACAUUGGCGCUCCCAUCGCCCUCGUAGUGACUCAUAAUUUACUGCCCAUCCUCCUUUUUCUCUACGUCUACUUCAUCGACGGCCACGAAUGCUGGAACGGCUUCAACCACCGCGCCCUCAGCAACUGGGGCCCAAUGGUAAAGCUCGCUCUGCCAGGUCUCGUUAUGGUCGAAGCCGAAUUUCUAGCUUUCGAGGCCCUCGUCCUGGCAUCCAGCUACUUCGGCACCACGCAUCUCGCGGCGCAGUCGGUCCUAGGAACCGUCAGCGCAAUGACGUUCCAGAUCCCCUUUCCCCUGUCCAUCGCCGCCUCGACGCGUGUCGCGAACCUCAUCGGCGCUACACUGUCAAGCGCCGCACGCACCUCGGCCAAGGUGGCCAUCUACGGCGCCGUCCUCGUCGGCCUCUUCAACGUCAUCAUGCUCUGGACUCUGCGCCACCACAUCCCCCAGCUCUUCACCGACGACCCGGAGGUUAUCGAGCUCGUCGCGCGCGUCCUACCUAUCUGCGCGGCGUUCCAGCUCUUUGAUGCGCUCGCCGCUCUGUCGAAUGGGCUCUUGCGUGGCUUGGGGAGGCAGGAGAUAGGCGGCUAUAUCAACUUAUUCUGUUACUACGUUAUCGCGCUCCCGAUCUCGUUCGGGACGGGUUUUGGCCUCGAUUGGAGGCUCGAGGGGUUGUGGAGUGGUGUCGCGGUGGGGUUGGGGUUGGUGGCAGCGGGUGAGGGGUUCUUCCUCGCCACGACAGAUUGGGAUCGGGCGGUUGAGGCUGCGGCGCAUAGGAAUGCGCAUGCGUGAGUGACGGGUUGAAAAGUGUUAAGAAAGGGAAAAGGGCAUUCGAUUGUGGAGGUACUCACAAGAGUUGAUGUCGGCGUUGGCGUUUGUGGCGAAUAAUACAUGGACUGUACUCGUACCAUACCACAGCACAGGAAGAGUAUGUGACGAUUACUUUAUAAGAACUCAAAUCUGCAACGUGCUUUGCCGGACACAGUGAGACCAUACCUCUUAUUGAGAGUCUCUAUUCACAGUCGCUAGGAACACUCACAGCGACACCAAGUCUUAUGGGUAACCCCUAGGCUCUGUCCACGGCUCUGUUCUUAUGGCCCCUACAAGAAUAUCUUCUCUCAAUUUUAUAAUGCGGAGCAUAAAAAUGCCAUCAUUCACAAAAGGCGUACCUAUUUCAAUUCACCCAUGUUAACAACAAAUGAUACGAUGGGAAUCCCUUCUUUGACCUGCUAGCUGCAGAUCAAAAAUCCAUAAUUAUGAGAAUGGUGGCUAAGCCCCUACGACUGGUCUAGGCAGACUUACGGGCGAACUGGGGCAUUCUGCGAGAUCUCGCAAAUGGGAAGGCUUGCAGAACAUCGCGAGGUCUCGUAGCGUCCCACUGUCGGGAUAUUGCCUAGAUGUUGUUCUCUAAGACGCGCAGUUUAGACUCUUCACUGUAGUACCUCUACUCAAAUCAUCACUUUCAACUAUACAGGCUAUAUAAUCAUCAACUCGCGCAAGAACGAUCCUGGGACCGGGCAACCCCAAAGCCAUAACUGACGUUCUCACAAUGUGCUAGGGUAGCGAUGCAAUACAACAUGGGCUAUCUAUUGGCGGGGCUGUCAUGGCCGCCUCGUUGUCACCUAGCACACCUUCGUUAACACCUACAAAUGCUUUAUCGAGCUCGAAAGCAUCAUCGCGUGGAGCGAAAUGGCUCCAUUCACUAGGUUUGCCACUUCAAAACAAGCAUGGGAAAAGUCUAGCAAUAAAUGAUACUUCCAUCUUCGAUGUCUCACGAGGCGAUGAGAGUUUGGAGUUGGACGUCGGCCGCGAAAGUUACCCUCGUCGACAACAGAGCCUUUUCCAGUCCAUUAGUUCAUGGACCUAACCACGGUUUACAGCUUCCCACCAUUCCUAUCAUUAGCAGAGGUGUCUUUACUAGCUACAAUCCUCUCGGUGCCUAGCAGGGCUCUAAAUCACCACCCUUGCCAGCAUAUACAAUUACAAGAUCACUUACUCCUCCUCAACCUUCAUUGAAGGUAUCACACCUCGACCACCUCUCUGUUACCAAAACCGAAGAACCCAAUCUAAACCAAGUCCUUGCAAGCAAAUCUUUCAAGGACCUGCCGUGCAGGAUCACUAACGAAGAUAUCACAGGCUCACGCCCUGUUCUAGAGUCCGUACCAGAAUUCUCUGUCGGGAUUCCGACCGAGGUCAAAUUAGUUAUUGGAAAGGCACAUGAUAACGACAGCACCUGCAACGAUGACAACGACAAUGCCUGCUCUCUCAAGGGGGGUUAACCCCUGAAACAUAAUGACUACAAACAUCGUGGAACCUCGACAACUACGCCACCUCCCUCAGACGCACCCGAAGGCGGACUAGUCGCGACACUGGGAGUGGAAGCUUCACCGCGACUGGCAUGGCGGCGCAACACCCUUCGAAGGCCAAACUUCUUUACCUAGCAGAGGCAAAAACACACAGAGAAACAAGAUCAAGACGUGUUGGCCAUAGAUUCUAGCGAGGAUUCACCUACGGAGAGUUUCACUCCCCUUCCCUUGCUCUGUUGGCACGCCGCGGCGGGGCAUCCCUGGUUCAAUGGCAAGGGGCAUAGAUCACCCGAGGUCUGGCGUUUGUGGUGGAUUGUCUUCUAAUCGCAUCAUAUAAUAUAUGCCAUCCGAGGCACAGAUGCUGCUCGCAACACCUACAACUAUUUUCUCAAAUUAACAAAUUGCUUACAACUUUUCCUCCUAGACCCUUAGGGCUCUACUUCCAGUCAAUUACGCAUUAUAACUCCAAUCUCCAUCCAUUCCUGCUCCUUUCGAGCAUCCCUAAGUGGUGAUGGAG